AUGCACGGCCGACGAGCAGCGGCGCAUCUCGCGGCGGAAGCCUCGAUGCGCGCGUCGUCGUCGCGCGUCGCGUCGCGCGGGGAGCCUCUCGCCCGUCGCCUCGGCGUCGCCGCGCCGGGGCCCCGCCGGGACCUCACCCCGGGGUGGCGCAUCGAAUACGAUGAUCGCGUUCGAUCGUCUCGCGAUGCGUCGACGUCGCCGCGCGAGUGGAGCAUCGUUUCCCGCGGCGUCCCGACCGUCGGCUUCGCCGCGAGCGCGAUCGUCCCGAGGAGCGGUCGCGAGGAGCGGACGGCGCGGCGGUCCGCGCGCGGAUUCGCCGCGGUUCCCUCCGCCACCCCGCCGGACGCGCCGCCGAGGAACAGGGAUCGCGACAAGGACAGGGGUAAGGCCACGCUCGCGCUGGACCCGGAGCCGGCACCGCGGCCCGCGCCGUGGUCCUACGGCGACAUCGCGACGAUCCCGAACGCCCUGUCCAUCGCGCGCGGAGCGUCGGGGCCGCUCAUCGCCGCCGGGAUCGUCAACGACGCCCCGCCCGAGUUGAUCCUCGCCGCCGUCGUCGCCGCGGGCGCCUCCGACUGGCUCGACGGAUACCUCGCCAGACGGUGGAACCAGACGGGCGUCGCCGGGUCAUACCUGGAUCCGGCGGGGGAUAAGGCGUUCGUGGCGUCUGUGGCGGUGGCGCUGGCGUGGAAGGGGGCGAUACCCGCUUGGCUCGCCGCGUGUUUCCUCAGCCGCGACGCCGCGCUCGUGGCGGGGGUGGCGUUCCAGAGGGCCCGGGGACUGGGCUGGCGAUGGGAGACGUGGGGCGAGUUCUUCGGGAUGUCCGCGGGGAAAGCAAGCACUCCAGGGGGAGACGAAAGGGAGCGGUCGCGCGGUGAGCUCGAGUCGUCGCCGUCGCCGCCGCCACCCGCGCUGCCAGCGAUGGAGCCCCAGGCGUUGGGGAAGUGGAGCACCGCCGUGCAGUUCGCCUUGUUCGGCUGCGCGGCUGCGACGCAAACCGCGUGGGGCUCGGCAGUCAUCUCCCCGGAGGCGAUGGCGGCCCUUCACUACGUCGCCGGGGGAACCACGGCGGCGUCGGCGGCGACGUACUACUUCCUCUCAUCGGACAAGUUCAGGCGGAGGCGAGAGCGCAUGGAGGCGCGAGUGGGCGCGCGCGUGGCGCAGGGAAAGGCGAAGAUGCGCGCGGUGAAGGAGCUGGGGCGACAUCUUAAGGAGCGGGGGAGGGCCGACUACGAACAGAGGAUGCAUCGCGCCGGAGAGAGUAUGGCGAGGAUGGAGGCGAGGGUGGGGGAGAUGAUGGAGCGCCGGAGUAGCCGGAGUACUGCGCCGGAGUAG